AUUUCUCUAACAGCUAAUGUUGCCAUAAUAAAUUAUUUAUAGAUAAGUUAGGCAUUCCCCAUAAAGUAUUUAUUUAAAUAAUUUCCUUAUAGAUGUUUUAAGACAAUCCACAGUUCUUCCAUAUUAAUAAUUCAGAACUUAAACACCAAUAAGAUAAUAAAGGUCAUACUCUCAUUUUGAUUAAUAACCAUAAAGCAGCAUGAAAAAAUAAUAAGAAAAUUUUGAAAAAGAAAAUGAUCUAUUGAGAGAAAAGGUAAAAUAAUUAAAGCAUUAAAUAGCUAGUGUUGAAUAAAAUUAUCAAAGUAAUGCAGAAGUAUUAAAUUUAAUAAUUUUAGAUUGAAGAAUAAUAUAUUGUUGCUUUGAGAAUAUAUUAAUAAUUAAAAAUUGAAUCUGAAUAAUUGAAAUUAGAGCUCUCUUACAUUAAAUAAGAGAAUAAUCUGCUUAAAUCCAAAUUAAAACAAAUUAAUUAUUGA